CAUGCUCAUGUUCAUCUUGGUCCGACCGGUCAAUGCUACAACAUCGCCCGUUUCAUUAAUCACAGCUGUCAGCCAAACCUGGAUAUCAUACCCGUUCGGCUGACCAGCAUGACGCCCUAUCCAGCUCUUUUCGCCAACACUGAGAUCCUAGCCGGUACGGAACUCUCCUACCACUAUGCCCAGGCUCAGUUAGUCCAUUCAUAUUCUGCAUUAUAUUCUUCACAAUUGGCUGCAAGAACUGACACCAAGUCGUCAGUACAGUCCAUGACAAUGCCAAGGCCAUCAGAAGUUGCCACAGACGCUUCGUCAAUUGCACCAACACCAGAUGCAUCAGCAUUAGCAGCAACAGUUGCAGUCUCCAAAUCGUCCUCGGACGAGUCUUCCCGGAUAGAUAUGAACUUCUCAUCUACCGUUAAGAAAAACCGAAGUGUGACCAGACCGUGCCUGUGCGGUGCGCUAAAUUGUUCUGGCUUCUUGCCUGAUGUUGUACUUUAA